UCAAAGGUCACAUCCACGGACGCCAAAACAAGGAUUUUGCCGAGGCGGAUUUGUGAUUCGACUGUUCGAGCUUUUGUUUUAGACUGUUAAGAGAAGACAAUCGAGUCUUUUGAUUGGUCCUCAUUGACAGAAUCCAUGAUGUCAGAGCCUGUGAACCCCAAAGAUGAUACAGACCACACCCCCCUCAGCACAUCCUCCCAACAACCAGGCAAUCCAGGACCUGGUGGGGAUACAGGAGGUCAAAGGUCGUGUAUAGAACCAGACACAAAAGAUGGAAUUCUUGACUCACAACCAGCUUUAGAUGCACAGGGUGAGAAGAAAGACCCUGAAACUCCUGUACAUGUAGGCGAUGACGGGAUUGAAAAGGAGGAGAGUUCAGAUGGUAGAGUUGGAGAGAAACAGGAUAACGAGGGAGUAAAUGAGGGUGAGAAGGAAGACGUCCAGAUUGCAAGCAAGAAGAGCUCAGAUGGUAGAGUUGGAGAAAAACGUGAUAGCGAGGGAGUAGAUGAGGAUGAAAGGCAUCUCCAGAAAGAAGGAACUCCAGAUGGAGAGAAGGGACUGUUUGCUGCCCCUGAUGAUGGGGAGCGGGAUACAGAUCGAAGCCCUGAUGCUGGGGCUGGUAACGUGACAAGAUCUACAGCAGGAGCGGAUGGAUCAGAUCAUGAUGUAUCGCAGACCACAGAAGCGACUAAAACAGAGAUUCAGUCAGAGAAAAAUGAUAACAUCCAAGCCCUGCUGGAUCGUGAACUUCAUUACCUCUCACGACCUGAGAGGUCAAAUCUCUACCGUGAGGGGUCGAGACGACAAGAGGAAGGUCAUUUGGAGGGAGCCCUCGCGUGUUAUCUUGGAGCCAUCACAGGGUUGUCCGAGGGGUCGACCUUUGAGGAGCUACCAAGGUGUCUUCAUGCCGUGGCUGAUAUCUAUUUUGAGCACAAGGAAUAUGAGAAAGCUGUUUAUUUCAUCCAAGCAGAGAAGAUGUAUUAUGAAACUGCUCUGAUUGAUAUAGUUAGUGUACAGAAAGACAUAGGCUCUAAAGCUGAGAGGAAGCCAAGCAAAGGCGAUGGUGAUGAACAGCAUGGUGAACAACUCGAUGGAGAGCCUGGUGAGGAGUCUAGCCAUGAUAAGAGUGAUGAACUAGAUGAUGACCUUUCACCUGAUGCUAAGAAAGGUCAAGAGAUGGAGAACUUGGCUAGAUUGUGCCUCAAGGAGGGAAAGUUGCAGCUUGCUCUAGACUACUGUGGGAAAGCGACCAAGAUGUAUCAAACUGUUUACGGAGAGGACCAUCCCGUUACCAUAGCAUCAUUGGAUCUCUUCACUGUUAUCUAUGCAGAUGUGGGCAAGAAACUCUAUUCAGAUGCCAUGCAGAAGUUUGAGAAGGAGGAGGAGGUAUUAAAGUCUGAGCGGUCACAUGACACAGUGUCACCUGGCAGCACUGCACCAGAGCUGAGGCAAAGAUUUACCAAUAAUAAUAGCAAAGAGUUGAAUGGUGUUGAUGAAGGGACAAAUGAAACAACCAUACAUCGUGGAGAAUUGGAACCAACUCCAUUAGAGGAACGUGAUGACUGGGUCAUGACAGUGCUUCUGAUGUUGAUCUUCUUCUUAGCAACCGUUUUCAUCGUCAUAGUGAUAUCAUCCAUCUAUUGCUACAACAACAACAGGGCGGGCUACUGCGCACAAACGAGGGGUGAUAUCAAUUACUGGUAUAUGUAUGCCAGGCAAGUGAUUCACAAUGUGAGGACAAGUUUCAGAUAGAUUUGGACAUUAAUUGAAGAAAAAAUAGAAAUUAAGUGUUUAUUAUCGAUUUGGAAAUUCAUUUUUCACUGUUGAAAUUUUACAGAUCAAUUUACAAAAACAAAUAAUCAUAAUAAUAGACAGUUACAGUGAUGGUAAAAUAAUAUUCAAAGCAGCUUUAGUUUGGUGAGUUACAUGAAAUCAGUUUUGUAUGAUGAGGAUGCCGACAGAGAGAGUGAGAGA